CUAUCGCGCAACACGACAAUGCCCUAGUGCUUCGUCGCGUGGCGCAAAGAAGCACUUUUAUCCAAAUUUGGCAAAAUGUUCAUUUUACCCCCUGCAAUUGAUUUUAUUGGUUUUUUAAGCUAGAACCAUGAUUAAGCAUGUUUUUGGGUAUCUAAGGUGUAUGCAAGUAUGUGUAAGUAUAAAACAUGUAUGAUCACACUCUGAAGCGUAUAUAAACUUAAAGUAUGGUUCAGUUUGUAUAAAAAGUGCGUAUUUGUGAUUGAUUACAUAUUGUGCGACUAUGAUCAAACAAGAUUGAUAUAAAAUACGUUUCCCAUUGAUCAAAAUAUCGGAUUACAAGGAUUGAAAUAGAACGCGAAAAUUCUCAUACCUUUUUGUUCACAUUACAUUUUUGCAGAUGUCAAAUGGAGAUAUAUUUGAGAAGAAUCAUGAUGAAAUUGAUUUUGAAUUUUUGGGAAAUAUCAGAGGAAAAGAAUGGAGAAUUCAGACAAAUAUUUAUGGAAAUGGAAGCACAAAAGUUGGCAGAGAAGAGAGAUAUGGCCUCUGGUUUGAUCCUACUGAUGAUUUUUAUCAAUAUAGCAUCCUUUGGACUCACACCCACAUCAUAUUCUAUGUUGAUGAUGUUCCGAUAAGAGAGAUCAAAAGAACCGAAUCAAUGGGUGGGGAUUACCCAUCAAAACCAAUGACUUUAUACGCGAACGCGACAAUAUGGGACACUUCCGAGUGGGCUACAAAUGGCGGAAAUUACAAGGUUAAUUACAACUACGCCCCUUACAUCGCUAAGUUUUCCAACUUUGUUCUCCACGGAUGCACCGCGGACCCCCUCACGUCGCUCAAAUGCGACGACGCAUCAAACGCCAACGUAAUCCCAAAGGGUAUCACGACCUCACAAAGGGCGAAAAUGGAAGGUUUUAGAAAGAAACACAUGCAAUAUUCAUAUUGUUAUGACAAAAUAAGGUACAAAACGCCACCUUCCGAGUGUGUGAUUAACCCGAAAGAAGCAGAGAGGUUGAAGAAGUUUGAUCCUGUGACGUUUGGUGGCGGUCGGGGUCACCACCAUGGGAAGAGACACCGCCGUGCGGUGGCGAUUUAAGCAUGGUGAGGACAAUGGUGGGAAAGCAUAUAAUUUGUUUGUGAUGAUGAUUAUGUGGAGAAAUAUGAGAUUUUGGUUGAUGAAUA